UCCAAGCGGCCGGACGCAUCAAGCAGCUACCCCAAGUAGAUCGUUCUCCGUCCCUUAGCUACCAUUUCUUAUUUAUAUGUUAACAUAACACUGUAACCUCGGUGCUGAGACACUGUACCCAUGUUCGUUUAAGGGACUAUAAAUGCGAAUAUUUGGACUUCGGAUACAUAACGUGGUGGAUAAAAUCGGAAGCAAGGAUAAAGACACCACUGGCUAGCUAGGAAGCUAGCCAUUUCAUCUCCGAUGUGAGUGACGACCUCCCUUCUGGUGGACACCAUGAGCAACAGCCACCCCCUGCGGCCGCUCAGCUCGGCGGCCCAGAUCGACCACAUGCACUUGCUCUCGGAGCAGCUGGGCGCGCUCCUGCCGGGAGAGGAGUACAGUGAUGUCACGCUGGUGGUGGAGGAGAAGCGCUUCCCCGCCCACCGGGUCAUCCUGGCCGCCCGCUGCCACUACUUCAGAGCACUGCUGUAUGGCGGGAUGCGCGAGUCGCGUCCGCAGGCGGAGGUGCGUCUGGAGGAGACCCGCGCGGAGGCCUUCUCCAUGCUGCUGCACUACCUGUACACUGGGCGCGCCAGCCUGGGGGAGGCGCGCGAGGAGACGCUGCUGGACUUCCUGGGCCUGGCGCACCGCUACGGCCUGCAGCCGCUGGAGGCCUCUGUUUGUGAGUUCCUGCGCACGCUGCUCAGCACGCGUAACGUGUGCCUGGUGUUCGACGUGGCCAGCCUAUACUGUCUCAGCGGCCUGGCAGAGGCAUGCUGCGCCUACAUGGACCGACACGCCCCAGAGGUGCUGGAGUCCGAGGGCUUCCUCUCCCUCUCCAAGACGGCUCUGCUGACGGUGGUGCGGCGGGACUCGUUUGCGGCGAGCGAGCGGGAGAUCUUCCAGGCGCUGUGCCGCUGGUGCCGCCACAACGGCGAGGGCGCCGAGUGCCAGGAAGUGAUGUCGGCCGUGCGCCUGCCGCUCAUGAGCCUAUCGGAGAUGCUGAACGUGGUGCGCCCCUCCGGCCUCCUGAGCCCCGACGACCUGCUGGACGCCAUCCAGACGCGCUCCGAGAGCCGCGACAUGGACCUCAACUACCGCGGCAUGCUGAUCCCCGAGGAGAACAUCGCCACCAUGAAGCAUGGCGCCGUGGUGGUGAAGGGCGAGUUGAAGUCGGCGCUGCUGGACGGGGACACGCAGAACUACGACCUGGACCACGGCUUCUCGCGCCACCCCAUCGAGGAGGACGGGCGAGCCACGGGCAUCCUGGUGCGCCUCGGGCAGCCCUCCAUCAUCAACCACGUGCGCCUGCUACUCUGGGACCGGGACAGCAGGUCCUACUCCUACUAUCUGGAGGUGUCCAUGGAUGAGCUGGACUGGGUGCGAGUGGUGGACCACUCCAAGUUCCUCUGCCGCUCCUGGCAGAACCUCUACUUCCCUGCCCGUGUCUGCAGGUACAUCCGUGUAGUCGGGACCCAUAACACGGUCAACAAGGUCUUCCACCUAGUGGCCCUGGAGUGCAUGUACACCAGUCACCCCUUCACGCUGGAGAGGGGCCUGCUGGUGCCGGCAGAAAACGUGGCCACGGUGAUGGCGUGUGCCAGCGUGGUGGAGGGCGUGAGCCGGAGCCGCAACGCGUUACUGAACGGGGACACCAGCCACUACGACUGGGACUCGGGCUACACCUGCCACCAGCUGGGCUCCGGGGCCAUCGUCAUCCAGCUGGCACAGCCCUACAUGAUCAGCUCCAUGCGGCUGUUGUUAUGGGACUGUGAUGAUCGAAGUUACAGCUACUAUGUUGAGGUUUCAACCAAUCAGCAGCAGUGGACAAGGGUGGUUGACCGCACCAAAGUGGCAUGCAGGUCAUGGCAGACCCUGUAUUUUGACGGACAGGCUGCCUCUUUCGUACGUAUCGUUGGGACCCACAACACUGCCAAUGAGGUAGAGGUCACAACUCGGGUCUUCCAUUGUGUUCAUUUCGAGUGUCCUGCCCAAGCCGAUAGUGAAGUGAAGGAGAGCUCCCAGGGGCCCGACCAGAGUCCCCCGGAGACCAGCUCCCAGCAUGCCAGUUCCCAGCAUGCCCCUCUGUCCCGCGUGCAGAGGCCCCUGUCCUCCUCCCCCUCGCCCUCGCCCUCCCCCUCCUCCCAACACCCGUAGACUGACUUGAUGUUGAUGUUUUAUCAUGAACAAAACACACACACUCUUUGAGAUGCUUCUUACUUAUGCUGAUGAUGUGCUGCUAAAAAAGUAAAUAUAUGUAGGUUAUAUUUAUAAUAAAACUGAGGUGACUGGUGAAAA